CGAGCAUCCGUGAUCCGUCGAGAAGCAAACGGGAGAGUCGGACGGUGAACGCAGUCUUAGGUAAACCCGCUAUGGCUUCACGAUUAAGGGAAUUGUAAGUGAAAUCGACAACAACUCUGGUUGGUAAACAUAGCUACAUAUUCUGAAAUUCAACAAUUAACAAAUAGCAUCGAGGGGUGCGGCCUCCCGGAGCAGGAUCUUGGCAGUGUUGUGACACCCCAUCCCAGAUCUUGGGGAAGAUGGCGGACCCGGCGGAGUGCACCAUCAAAGUGAUGUGUCGUUUUAGGCCACUCAACGGUUCUGAGGUGAUGAGAGGGGACAAAUAUAUUCCUAAGUUUCAAGCAGAGGACAAUGUGAUUGUCGGGGGGAAGCCAUACGUGUUUGACCGUGUCUUCCAGUCCAGCACUACUCAGGAGCAGGUGUAUAAAGCUUGUGCUCAAGAGAUUGUUAAAGAUGUGCUUGGGGGUUAUAACGGUACAAUAUUUGCCUAUGGGCAGACCUCAUCUGGCAAAACACACACUAUGGAGGGUAAUCUGCAUGACCCAGACGGAAUGGGAAUUAUUCCACGCAUUGUACAGGACAUAUUUAACUACAUUUACUCAAUGGAUGAAAACCUGGAAUUCCAUAUCAAGGUGUCAUAUUUUGAGAUUUAUUUGGAUAAAAUCAGAGACUUGCUGGAUGUGUCUAAGACUAACCUUUCUGUGCAUGAAGACAAGAACAGGGUCCCAUAUGUCAAGGGUUGCACUGAGCGCUUUGUUUGUAGCCCGGAAGAGGUAAUGGAUACCAUUGAUGAAGGCAAAUCCAACAGACAUGUGGCUGUUACAAACAUGAAUGAGCACAGCUCCAGGAGUCACAGUAUCUUCCUGAUUAAUGUGAAGCAGGAGAACACACAGACAGAACAGAAACUUAGCGGGAAGCUCUAUCUGGUCGACCUGGCUGGGAGUGAGAAGGUCAGUAAGACUGGAGCUGAAGGAGCUGUUUUGGAUGAAGCCAAAAACAUUAACAAGUCCCUCUCUGCACUGGGCAAUGUCAUUUCUGCACUGGCUGAAGGAUCGACAUAUGUUCCCUACAGAGACAGUAAGAUGACGAGGAUCCUUCAGGACUCUCUGGGUGGGAAUUGCAGAACUACCAUUGUGAUCUGCUGCUCUCCUUCCUCUUUUAAUGAGGCUGAGACCAAAUCUACACUCUUGUUUGGACAGAGAGCGAAGACCAUUAAGAACACUGUAUGUGUCAAUGUGGAGUUGACGGCGGAACAGUGGAAGAAGAAAUAUGAGAAAGAGAAAGAGAAGAACAAGACCCUCCGCAACACCAUCACUUGGCUGGAGAAUGAGCUCAACCGCUGGAGGAAUGGUGAGACUGUGCCGAUUGAAGAGCAGUUUGAUAAGGAGAAGGCCAAUGCUGAGGUUUUAGCUCUGGAUAAUACAGUGAAUAAUGAUAAGAUUGCCUCCACCCCCAACAUCCCUGGGGUGCGUCUGACUGACACUGAGAGAGAGAAGUGUGAGGCAGAGCUAGCCAAACUCUACAAGCAACUGGAUGACAAGGAUGAUGAGAUAAACCAGCAGUCUCAGCUGGCUGAGAAACUCAAGCAACAGAUGCUGGACCAGGAAGAGCUGCUGGCCUCUUCACGCCGGGACCACGAUAACCUGCAGGCGGAGCUGACCCGCCUGCAGCUGGAGAACGAGGCCUCUAAGGAGGAGGUGAAGGAGGUGCUGCAGGCUCUGGAGGAGCUUGCUGUCAACUAUGACCAGAAGAGCCAGGAGGUGGAAGACAAGACCAAGGAGUUUGAGACCCUGAGUGAUGAGCUCAACCAGAAAUCGAGUGUUCUGGCCUCCUUAGACUCUGAGCUUCAGAAGUUAAAGGAGAUGACCAACCAUCAGAAGAAGAGAGUGACUGAAAUGAUGUCAUCACUGUUGAAGGACCUGGCAGAGAUUGGCAUUGCUGUGGGCAGUAAUGACAUCAAGCAUGAGGGAAGUGGUCUGAUCGACGAAGAGUUCACUGUGGCCAGGCUCUACAUCAGUAAGAUGAAAUCAGAGGUGAAGACCCUAGUGAAGCGCAGUAAGCAGCUGGAGAUGGCUCAGGCUGACAGCAACAAGAAGAUGGACGAGAAUGAGAAGGAGCUGGCCGCUUGCCAGCUCCGCAUCUCCCAGCAUGAGGCUAAGAUCAAGUCUCUAACAGAGUACCUUCAGAAUGUAGAGCAGAAGAAGAGACAGUUGGAGGAGAACGUAGACUCCCUCAAUGAGGAGCUGGUCAAGAUCAGCGCUCAGGAGAAAGUUCAUGCUAUGGAAAAAGAGAAUGAGAUUCAGACAGCAAAUGAGGUCAAGGCUGCGGUGGAGCAGCAGAUCCAGAACCACAGGGAAGCUCACCAGAAGCAGCUGAGUAGCCUGAGGGAUGAGCUGGAGAACAAGGAGAAACUAAUCACCGAACUACAAGAUUUGAAUCAGAAGAUCAUGUUGGAACAGGAGCGGCUCAAGGUGGAACAUGAGAAGCUCAAAUCUAUGGACCAGGAUAAGAGCCGCAAACUCCAUGACCUGACAGUUAUGCAGGACAGAAGGGAGCAGGCCAGACAAGACCUUAAAGGCCUGGAGGAGACAGUGGCUAAGGAACUGCAGACUCUACAUAACUUACGAAAGCUGUUUGUGCAGGAUCUGGCAACCCGUGUCAAAAAGAGUGCUGAGAUGGACUCAGAUGACACUGGUGGCAGUGCAGCUCAGAAACAGAAAAUCUCCUUCCUGGAGAACAACUUGGAACAGCUCACUAAAGUCCACAAGCAGCUGGUGCGUGAUAACGCAGACUUGCGCUGUGAGCUGCCCAAGCUGGAGAAGCGUCUGCGGGCCACAGCUGAGCGGGUGAAGGCACUGGAGACAGCUCUGAAGGAGGCCAAAGAGAACGCAGUACGUGACCGCAAACGCUACCAGCAGGAGGUGGACCGUAUCAAAGAGGCCGUCAGAGCCAAGAACAUGGCCCGCAGGGGACACUCCGCACAGAUCGCCAAGCCAAUCCGACCAGGCCAGCCACCUGCUGCCUCUCCCACCCACCCUAAUGUCAACCGUCCCGGGGCUGGCCUCCUCCAGAUCAGCCAGCCAGUGGGCGUUCGUGGAGGAGGUGGAGCCAAACAGUAAAAGAAGGCUUGAAGUCUGUAAAUUCUCUAGAUUAAAUUAUUAUCGAGAAGAGCUGAACUGCCCCUCUAACACUGGAAAGUUCAGGAACCCUAAUAUC